UUCCAAAAGUCCAAAGUCCAAACCCAACGAAAACGGCAUCCACCAUUUUCUCUCUCACCCACCUUUCCUUGUCAACCUUUUCUAAACACUUUCCAUUCCUCCAUUUUCUCCCAUUUCUCUCUGCCACUGCCACCAACCAUACCCAACCCAACACAACAACAAACAAAAGCCUUUCUCAGUUCCCUCACUCACAUGCUCUCACAUUUUCCCGACCUUUCCUAAAACCAACCAAAACCAAACGACACCUUUUUACAUGUCGGAUUCCGAUUCCGAUGCCGUGCCUCCUAAGCCAUGGACCACCGACGACGAAAACGACGAUCUCUUGCGCGGCGCCGGCGCGAGGUACGACGGCGUUUCGAGGGAAGCCAAUGCGGCUCGGUCGGAGACCCUGAGGGACCACGCGAGGGAGUUCCUCGUGGCGGUCGCCGAGAUGAGCGUGGAGUUCGGGAAAGGUUGCAGGGACAUUGUGAAGCAGAGCUUGGCGGACCGAGAUUCGUUCUUGGUGAGGAAGUUCGGGAAGGAUUCCUAUGUCCGGAGGAGGAUCCGGGGACCUUGCGAUAAGGUCUGUGGGAAAUUGAGGUUCGUAAAUGACUACUUGCCGGAGGAUAAGGACCCACUCCAUUCCUGGUCCGCGAUCUUGGUCGUUGCUUUUCUUGCUUUUGCAGUUUUGAGUGUAACAAUGGAACGUUCUUCCCCUUCCGUGGUGGUUCCAACCCCAGAGAUUAAGAAAGUGUAUAUACAUCCUCCUAGUGCUAGUCGCAUAAUGCUUCCUGACGGUAGAUACAUGGCAUAUAAGGAGCAAGGCGUUCCGGCUGACAGAGCCAGAUUUUCAUUGAUCGCUCCCCACGCAUUUCUUUCCUCACGGCUUUCAGGAUUACCAGGGCUUAAGGCGUCGCUACUCGAAGAAUUUGGUGUCCGCUUGUUGACAUAUGAUCUUCCUGGCUUUGGAGAGAGUGACCCGCAUCCUGAACGAAGCCUUGAAUCAUCAGCAAUGGAUAUGUCACUCUUUGCAAAUGCUGUUGGAGUUGAUGGCAAGUUCUGGGUUAUGGGAUACUCGAGCGGAAGCAUGCAUGCUUGGACAGCGCUUAGAUACAUUCCUGACCGACUCGCCGGUGCAGCGAUGUUUGCUCCAAUGGUAAAUCCGUACGAUCCAAUCAUGUCUAGGGAAGAGAAACGUAAAACCUGGGAAAAGUGGUCCAGAAGAAAGAGAUUUAUGUACUUUUUAGCUUGGAAAUUUCCUCGAUUUCUUGCUUAUUUCUAUCAUCGAAGCUUUUUAUCUGGAAAGCAUGACCGGAUUGACAAGUUGCUGUCCUUGUCUCUGGGAAAAAGGGAUAAAGCUUUAAUAGAGGACCCUAUCCACGAAGAAUUCUGGCAAAGGGAUGUGGAAGAAUCAAUCAGGCAAGGGAAUGUAGAACCCUUCAUUGAGGAAGCUAUAAUGCAGGUGUCGAAUUGGGGUUUCAGCCUUGCGGAACUUAAAUUGCACAAGAAACAGCGAGGAAAAGGCAUGCUUAAUUGGCUUAAGUCAAUGAUCAGUGAACCUCAGGAGGAGUAUAUAGGCUUUCUAGGUCCAAUACACAUAUGGCAGGGGAUGGAUGACAGAGUUGUUCCACCGUCAAUGACUGACUUUGUGCACCGGAUUAUACCAGGAGCCGCGGUACAUAAACUCCCAUACGAGGGGCAUUUUACCUAUGUCUACUUUUGUGAUGAAUGCCAUAGACAGAUUUUCACUAUACUUUUUGGAAUCCCACAAGGCCCUUUAGACAAGACAGUUGAAGAAAUAAUGCAAAGUCCUGUAGAGGGUAAUUCUCUGAGGAUGGAUGAGGUAGUAACACCUGGUGACUCUGCCGCGGGUUGAGAUAUAAUUUUGUUCUUGUUACUCGAGAAAAGAAAGGUGUAAAUACCAUAUAGCUAGUUCAUUUACUCAUUGAGCAGUUAAAAAAGAAAGUGAAUGCGUCAUGUUAAUUUUUUGUUUUCAGCUUUUGGGCUGCUAUAGAAGUCAGGGUUUUGACUCUUAACAUUAGUCAUAUGGAGAA